AUGAAUUCAUCACUAAAAGGAACAGAAAAUAUAAGUAACUUUCAUAUAAAAUCGUUUUUUGAGUCAUUGUCAAAUUUUAUAAAGAAUGUAAAGAUAGAAAUAAAAGACGUGUUUGAGUUACUAAAUUAUCCUUGUGUAUAUCAAAAUUGUAAAAAGAAAUUUAGCAUAAGCGAAAAUGAAGGUAAUAAGAAUUUAGUAACUACAAGUGUUAUAAGUAAAGUAGAUAAGAAAAAUAUUGAUAAUUUUAAGCAAUAUGAAAAAGAGCUAGAAAACAUGUUGAAACAUAUUAGGACUUUUCAUGAUAAAUAUAAAAUGGAUGUACCUUUAUUAUAUAUAAUUGAAAAUUUAAUAACUUUACAUUUAAUUAAUGAGUAUAAAAUAAAUAGUAUAGUUAAAAAAAUUCAAAAUCAUAAUAUUGCAAUGCCAGAAUUAAAUAGUGAUUUACCAGACUACUUAUCACAAGCGUUAGAAGUUGAAGAAAGUGAAGACUGUUCUGAUGUAUAUGACACAUUAGGGGAAGUAAAUAGUUUAUCAAUUAACAAUUACAUGAUUAAAGACUUACUAGAAACAACAGAGAUAAAGAUUAACGUUGGAAAACUCCUAGAAUUGCAACAACAGAAUUAUUCCCAUUCAAGUACAUCAAAAUAUACAAGUACUUAUGAUAAUAAAACAAAUGAUAUUCUAGAAUUUCGAAAGGACGAAAAUUGUGAAUACAAUAAUACGCGUAGUGUGAUAAAACCGGAGGGCAAUAAUAAUGCAUCGACUGAUAAUAAUGCAUCGACUGAUAAUAAUGCAGCGACUAAUAAUAAUGCAGCGAUUGAUAAUAAUGCAGCGAUUGAUAAUAAUGCAGCGAUUGAUAAUAAUGCAGCGAUUGAUAAUAAUGCAGCGAUUGAUAAUAAUGAAGAGGAAUACAACAUGACUGUACAUAAAAAAGAGGAAAAAAAUAAUCUCAUUGCUAACAUUGGCUUGUCGGAGGAGACGCUAAAGUUGCUCAACUUAUUACCCAAAAAAAGAAAAACAGGUGUGGAUUAA